AUUUGGCUCUGAUCACCGAUAUCACACAGGCUGAGCUCUUCUCAAACCCCGUCCCAACCCUGGAGCAGAGGUGAGCGUCUCGUGCCGUCAUGUGGACCCUCGGACUGCCGGUACUCUGGCUGGUGGCUGCGGCCGGCGGGGCAGAGGACUCGUGUCCAGACGUGAAGAUAUUGGGCGUUGGGGACUCUGACAAGCUGGCUAUUCUCAGAGGAUGUCCCGGCUUCCCUGGAUCUCCUGGUCAAAAGGGAGAAGGCGGUUUAUCGGGAGAGCGAGGGCUUAAAGGAUCUGUAGGUGAACCUGGCAAAGUUGGACCCCCAGGGCCAAAAGGAGAUUCUGGAACAUCUGAGCCAUUGUAUGCUCCGAGGAACUGUAAGGAGGUUCUGGAUCAGGGAAGCGUUCUAAGCGACUGGUACACAAUAUACCCGGAUGGCAAACGGCCCCUGAAGGUGUUGUGUGAUAUGCACAGCGACGGCGGAGGCUGGAUCGUUUUCCAGAGACGGUGGGACGGCUCGGUGGAUUUUUUCCGGGACUGGAAUUCCUAUAAGAUGGGGUUUGGCAGCGCUUUGAACGAGUUUUGGUUGGGAAAUGAUAAUCUUCAUACGCUGACCUCAUCAGGCACGUGGGAAUUACGCAUUGAUCUACAGGACUUUGAAACGAAAAAAUAUUUUGCCAAAUACGCGUCUUUCAGAAUUUUGGGAGAGUCUGAAAAAUACAAAUUGCUAUUAGGAGCUUACACCACGGGUAACGCAGGAAACUCCCUGGAUGUUCAUGUCGACAUGCCCUUCUCCACCAAGGACAGAGAUUCCAGCCCAGGCAAAUGUGCGAAUACGUAUUACGGAGGCUGGUGGUAUAACAGCUGCCAUCACUCAAACCUGAACGGACGGUACCUGCAGGGGCAGCACAGCAGCUACGCCGACGGCAUCAACUGGGUACAAGCUAAAGGCUUUAAUUACUCGUUCAAAUAUUCAGAAAUGAAGGCUCGGCCCGUAUAACGCAGGAGGAGACGGACAGAACCGAGUCCUACACGCAUCGUCUAUUUUAAACCUUUAGCCUAUCCACCUACACUAAAAAGUAUAUGUAACUACAGCACAACGCGGUCCCCCUGUGCCCCUGCCUAUCAGAGUUUACAUUUCUUCAAUGUAUUAAUCUUUACUGGGAGGCAUUUCCACGUACCCACCACAUUCUCACUACAUGAAAAACUCCGGAAACACAACAGAUAUCUCAAAAUAAAUGUCUGGUGCGUUAGAA